UUUUGAAAGUCAUGAGACUGACAUUUCUGAGUCUGUUUGCAAACAGGACACUAGAGGGCCCCCAGGGGUUAAGAAUAAGGGGAAAGUUAUUUGAAUGAAAACUGAUUCUCUACGGCAUUUCUUUUUUCAGAAUUUAAAACUAAAGUUUAUUUUGUUAACUAUUGUUUUCAAAAGCCUUAUACCUCUUAAAACCAUGCAGCGAUGUGUUUACAAGUUUUGCUUUGCAAUCAGCAGUUUUCAAGGGAGCUUUUAAAGCUGAAGUGAAGUGUUUGAAAUGUGGAACACUCUUGACCAUGAAAUAUGUUCUACUUACAUGCCUCAGCCUUUAAAAGUUCUUUGCAUUAGAGUCAGGGAUUACAUUCUUCUUGGAGCCAAGCAUGGGGCCAGCUGUAAGCAAGCUACAUUUCUCCUUGGGGAGGCUGAUAGUUUAAAAGGUUUGUUGUGUCAGAAACAUUCUCAGCUUCAUCAUCAAUCCUUUCCUUCCACUUCUACCCACUGGAGACCACUUAGAUCCCGAAGCGGACGCGACAGCUGAAGUCAGGAAACCAUGCAUCACAAUAGCAGGAGCCAACUGCAGACUUUAAACUCCGUUCAACAUGUUGAUGCAGCAGAGAAAUGACCCGUCCAGACAAGCCAGGGCAGCUCAUAAACUGGUUCAUCUGCUCCCUGUGCCUCCCGCGGGUGCGUAAACUCUGGAGCAGCCGGCGUCCAAGGACCCGGAGAAACCUUCUGCUGGGCACUGCCUGCGCCAUCUACCUGGGCUUCCUGGUGAGCCAGGUGGGGAGGGCCUCUCUCCAGCACGGACAGGCGGCCGAGAAGGGGCCACAUCGCAGUCGCCACACCACCGAGGCACCCUUCCCUGAGAUACCUCUGGAUGGUACCCUGGCCCCUCCUGAGUUUCAGGGUAAUGGGACCACCCUGCAGCCCAAUGUGGUGUACAUUACCCUACGCUCCAAGCGCAGCAAGCCUGCCAAUAUUCGCGGCACCGUGAAGCCCAAGCGCAGGAAAAAGCACGCAGUGGCAUCGGCUGCCCCAGGGCUGGAGGCUUUGGUCGGACCAUCCCUUCAGGCGCAGGAAGCUGAUGCUGGAGCACCUGGGUAUGCUCAGGGAGGAAACCUGGCCAAGAUUGGAGAGCGACCCUGGAGGUUGGUGCGGGGUCCAGGAGUGCGAGCGGGGGGUCCAGACUUCCUGCAGCCCAAGGCCAGGGAGAGCAACAUUAGGAUCUACAGCGAGAGUGCCCCCUCCUGGCUGAGCAAAGAUGACAUCCAAAGAAUGCGACUCUUGGCGGACAGCGCAGUGGCAGGGCUCCGGCCGGUGUCCUCUAAGAGCGGUGCCCGCUUGCUGGUGCUGGAGGGGGGUGCACCUGGUGCUGUGCCCCGCUGCGGCCCUAGCCCCUGUGGGCUUCUCAAGCAGCCCUUGGACAUGAGUGAGGUGUUUGCCUUCCACCUAGACAGGAUCCUGGGACUCAACAGAACCCUGCCGUCUGUGAGCAGGAAAGCAGAGUUCAUCCAAGAUGGCCGCCCAUGCCCCGUCAUUCUCUGGGAUGCAUCUUUAUCUCCAGCAAGUAAUGACACCCAUUCUUCUGUUAAGCUCACCUGGGGAACUUAUCAGCAGUUGCUGAAGCAGAAGUGCUGGCAGAAUGGCCGAGUACCCAAACCUGAAUCGGGUUGUACUGAAAUACAUCAUCAUGAGUGGUCCAAGAUGGCACUCUUUGAUUUUUUGUUACAGAUUUAUAAUCGCUUAGAUACAAACUGCUGUGGCUUCAGACCUCGCAAGGAAGAUGCCUGUGUACAGAAAGGAUUGAGGCCAAAAUGUGACGACCAAGGUUCUGUGGCUCUAGCGCACAUUAUCCAGCGAAAGCAUGACCCAAGGCAUUUGGUUUUUAUAGACAACAAAGGCUUCUUUGACAGGAGUGAGGAUAACUUAAACUUCAAAUUGUUAGAAGGCAUCAAAGAAUUUCCCGCUUCUGCAGUUUCUGUUUUGAAGAGCCAGCACUUACGGCAGAAACUCCUUCAGUCUCUGUUUCUUGAUAAAGUGUAUUGGGAAAGUCAAGGAGGUAGACAAGGAAUUGAAAAGCUUAUUGAUGUGAUAGAGCAGAGAGCCAAAAUUCUAAUCACCUACAUCAAUGCGCACGGGGCCAAAGUAUUACCUAUGAAUGAAUGAAAAAAGAAUCUUCUGGCUAGGGUAUUAGAUAUAUUUAUGCAUUUUUGGUUUUGUUUUUAAAUCUAGUACAUUAACCUCAAGCCCAUUUAGCAAUGAGUCAAUGUAGAUGAAUACAUAAAAUAAAUGACUUUAACCAAAUAGCUAUAAUGGGACUGAGCACUGUAUGUAGAUUUUAAAAGGUUUUGAAAAACAUACUACUUGAGAAAUGUUUGUUUAUAUUUUUCUCUAACAUCAUGCUAUGUAUGAGUCUGAACAUCUGACAACAGAAUAGUUUUAAUUAUUAUUCUAGCUAAGUUUCGAAAACAUUUGCCAUGUUAAUAGAAAAGUGUAAACCACAGGUACUGACUCCAUUAAUAAACUAUAUUUUAUGCCAUUUUGACUGUUCUGAACAAAUGCUAAUGGGUAUGAUUCUUCUGUUACUGAUUGUUAACAUAGAGCAGUCUCUGCGCUACUCCAAGGAAACUCAACAUUGGAACACUGAGGCCCAUGGCCUGUGACAGCAUCAGAGCUGACCAUACAUUUAAAUAGAAAUGCUGGUUUAUUUGCAAAAUUACCAGUAUAUUUUCUAUCGUGUCUAUAAAUAAUCAGCCAUUUAAGUAACAGGAAUCGCAUUUUCCAUUCCUUUUAAAAAAUUUAUUUUGUUGCCAGUAUGGAAAUCAUUCACCUCUGACAGUUCAUAUAUUAAAGAGUUUUGCUCUCUCUGUUUCAGUCCAAUUUAUGUCUAGUGGCUGAGAAAUUAAAUAAUGCUAAAAUAUGAAGUUACCUACCUGAAAAUGUACUUAGAGAGUAUCAUUUUAAAAUAGACGUCUCUUUAAAAACUCAGUUACUUUUACAAAACAUGUUGUAUACUUUAUGUAUAUUUAUUAAUAAUAGUAGAUUUCUUAAAACUUGUUCUGUGUAAUUAUAUUGAAUUUGAUUUAAUGGCUACUGCCCAGAUAUUGAGAAUUGGUCUAGAUAUUGAGUGUGUUUCAAUAUAUUAUCUGGCUUAUUUCAACAUGUGUAAUAUGAACAAAAUAAGUUAAAACCUGCCUCUGAUCAACUUUCCUCAGUGAAGGCACAUGACUAGAACUAAAACAGUAAAUUGGGACAAUAUUAAGCCUCAAAUCAUCCUUUCCAAACUCCUUCUAACACAUUUUAAAUUAGAUUGGAAGACAUGGACAAGUAGGUUCACGUGUUCUGUCUUUAUGUCCUUUGCCAAUACCGAAGAUCAUCACGUAUGGCAGUUAUUCACACAGGUUUCAAAUUCAGGAUAGAUUACCAUUAUCCUCCUGCCCUUAUACAACCCACUCCAUAUUUAAAAGUUCAAUUUGUGACUUUCUCAUUUCCUGAAAGUUUAAAAAUACAAAUUGAGAAUGUUUACAAUACAUUCUGUCCUGUCUUUUCUCAGUACACCACAUUUUCUUUGUUCUGGUUAACUCAGUAUCUGUGUGAAAGAGAACUAUGAAUGACAUUACAAUAGAGGCAAGAUUUGAAAAAAAAACUAUAGCUCUAAUUGAUACAAGUGUAGGGCAAAAUGUCAAAAUAAUGUGUUAAGAUUAAGAGAAGAUGGACCAAGGAGAGAGAGAUCAUUUGAUCUUCUAAUUACAGCUUUUCUAGGCUCACAUUCAUGCACUACCUUUAGUACCCUUGUGGGCUGUGCUUGCCCAUUGGGCAACUGAGCUUUAGACCAUCUUCCUCUUCAAUUUUCCCUCUGUAGACCUGAGUGCCUCCCUCUGCUCCUAAAAAUUUAUAGAACUCCUCGGCUCUUCUGAAUCUCCACUUUUAUUAACCGUCAUUGGGAUUUUUAAGAUCCGUUUCUUCUCUCAUAAUCAUCUGCUUAAUGAAAAUUAGCCUAACAAAAGUUUGGAGACUGGAAUUCUACUUUGACUGAGGCACUGACUUGAAAUAACUCUUUUGGCAAAUUGCCUGACACCUUGUCUUACCAAGAUGGCAUAUCUACACUUUUACUGCUUUAAAUUAUUUUUUACCAUCUCGAUUUAAAUUUAUCACAUUGCUGGUAGGACUCACAGGCUUUUUAGAAGCUGGCUUUAAUGUUGAGUCUCAGCUAAAAUGCUGUUGGCAGCCUGGUCCUCCCACAUGAGGGUUUCACUUUGUUUAUUUGCCUCCAGUGAUUCCAAAAUGCAUAUUAAAUGAAAGGCCCAAGAACAUGUUUAUUUUAGUCACUUUUGCUUUUAAACAAUUUUGUUCUGUAAUCAGUGAGUCAUGAUGAAUUAUUUUUGACUAAUGAAUAGCUGAAGGUCAGGUUUUUAAUUCUAAUAGGUAAUGUUUUUCUUUUGUCUUAUUGAAACAAUGAGAAUACUCUGCAUUUCAAAUGCACUCAGAUUAUGCUGUGGUUUCAUUCAUGUAAGCACAAUAUGUGUUUUAUUUAUAGCUUCAUAACAAAUUUAAAGUAUAAUAUUUACUUUAGGAGGCAUGCAAAAGCUUAUUCUUGUGUAACUUUCUUUAAGCUAAUGAAUUGAAAAUAAAUAUGUAUCUUAAAAAUCUAUAAUAAAACAUUAGAAAUUAAAGAUAUGUGCUUUUUAUUUUGCAGAUGAGUUCAUUUGCUUUUGUAGAUGUGUUUUUAAAAGUUAGGUAUAGAGGAGUGUUUGCUACCUUUAUCCAUGAAAAAGAAAUAGUGUCAAGAAUUCUGUUGGAUUGUGUUUGUGUGUGCAUAUAUUUGAUAUCAUUAUUAUAUUUAUAAUCUUAGGACUUGUAAUCAUAGCCUGUUUAUUCUACUGUGCUAUUAAAUAUACUUUACCUUAUAUAUAAUGAAUUUAAUACCUAUAUGUAGAUUUAUUUA